AUGAAAUGUCUCGAAAACACGUCGAGGCUCUCCCUCACCAGCCUGCACAAUGCCGCCAGGCGAGAGGAUUCAGCUUCCUUGCAACGCCUCAUUGCUACCAUUGACCCGCUCGCGGCGGAUAAGAUUGGUGCGGUUCUACAAGACGGCGACAGUAGGGGGGCGUGCAUUUCGAGUCCUCGCACUCCUGCGGCGGCUCCUAAGAAUAAGGAACAUACCCGUUGCCUGUCUACAAGGUGGCCAGAAGAAAAAGCUCCUAGCCGCUUGAAGCGAUUGUUACAACAACAGGACUCAAAGCGGCGCACGGUGCUUUUUGUGGCAUGUGCUUCCGGAAACACCGAAAUCGCAGACGCCUUGCUGACCGUCGGCGCUAGCCUAGACGGCCACGGUGCCUGGCAAAGGACCCCGCUGCACAUCGCUGCCUUCGAGGGUCACACUUCGGCAAUGCGCCGGCUGCUUGGUGCAGGAGCAGACCCCUGGGCCUUGAAUGAUCGUGGACAGACCCCAUCGGAAGUGAGCCAAAUGUUCAACGCCAACCGUGAGGCCCUGGGGCUGCUUGAGGAGGCGGCCAUCAUGCGGCGAGAAGUGUCCACAGGAACGGAGGGGCUGAUAGGGACGACUUUCGUCCACGACGACGGCCAGGUCGGAACCGUUGUUGACGCGGCCGAGCGAUGGACGUUCACUCUGGAGGUCGACCUGGACGGCUGGAAGAUGGGGAACGGCUCGGGAGUCAAGCUCUAUCUUCCUGUGAGCCGAUCAAAUCCGACAAGUUUUGCUGAGCCUAUCCCGAGGCUGGCGGACACGGUGCAGAGAAUGAGACUCGAGAGCGAAGAUUUGGUGAAUGUCACGGCGGACAGUCUCAUCGGAGCUAGGGUGUCGAGGAGGACGCCGCUCGGCGGCGGCAGGGUGACCGCGGUGCGAAACGUAAAGAUUCGUUGCGACCUCCGAACCGCCGCUUCGAGCACGAGAGCCGGACUUACAACGGCCACGGCGACCGGCAGCAAAAGAGAACGACGUGCCAAUGCAACCCUCAGCGAAACACGCAGCGAAGAACCAGACUUGUCUGACCGGGGGGAGUCACUUGGAAUGCCAAUGCAAGAGGCCCAGCCGUGCCGUAGCUUCUCUACCACCUCGAGCGGUCACUAUGUUGGUCUAAAGGUUCUGGAGGUGGGCCUUACUGCAGGGCUCGGGGCCGUUGGGCACCACGGAGAUCGGGAAAGGCACCAAGGCGAAGACGGCCCGAAAGCGACAAAUAGCUGUGCCACGCCAAGGGGUCCGGAAAAUGCAGUCCAUGGGCAUCGACAAGUUGCGCCGUCGGGGGAGUGCUCAACACGCCGUUGCCUCUCAACGAGGCUUGUCCAAGUGGCGAGCAACCAUGGGGUGUCGAGACGCCAGCUGGAACAAUGGCCGCCCUCAGAAGGUUCGUGGGCAAACGAUGGCGACACCGACGACGAAAGCGGGGCUCCGGAUGAUUGGUCGGUCGGAACGGAAAGUGCGGCGGAAUUGGACGCAUGCGUGGCAACUACCGUGAACGAACGCACGCGUGAAGGCUUCGGGUCACAGCGGGCGGGAACACAGAGUCGUAGUACAAACGGCAGGGGAGCUCCGUCCCAACGUGCUUAUUCAACGGACCCGACUGCUAGGAUGCGCGUCUAG